CCGCUCGGGGGGCGCAUGCCCCGCGCUGGCGUCCGGCCCUGCCCCGGCCGCGCCUGGCCUCCCGCCCGGGCCGCGAGCUGCGCGCUGCUGGCUGCCGGCCGCCGCCGGGUUUGUGCCGCGCGCCGACUCACCGAGCCGCCAGCCGAGUCCGCGUCUACACCCCCAUCCGACCCGAUUGAUAAUUGUAGCCUCUCCUGCAGAGCCGUCUCCCUCGUUCCCUUCACCAGCUGCCCCGACAGUAACUCAGCAGCGUUUUGCAAAACCGCGGCACGGCAUGGCCACCAGGAGGCCCACACUGAGGCCACCCUCCCAUCUGACCCGGAUCUUCUUUUCCUGGGACCUGUGAGUGUGGUUAGCUCUCUGCGACUUUGUCACCUGGCUGCUACCCAGAUGGAACCAGACAUCGUGUCACCCGUGGGUCCUUCACGCUCGCCGAGAUUCCCGGAGAGCCACGUGGGGUGUUGUGUGUGUCUGUGGUGUGUUCUUGACCUUGUGCUGCUGAGCGGUGCUCCGUGGGGUGCAUGCACCACAGCGGGUUUCACCCCCCACCUGCCGAAGGACGCCUGGGGUGUCCCCAGUUUGGGGCUUUUGAUAAUAAAGCUGCUGCCGACAUCUGUGCGGGUUUGUGUGCGGACGGAAGUUUUCAUCUCUCUGAGCUGAUUACUCAGGACG